CUUGCUACUACCAGGAUCGGCUUCGGUUUGGAUCAAAGACCCAUCGCAAUACAUAUGAAGUCGACGUUCCCAACAUACUCCAGCAAUAGACGUGCGAAUAUCAAUAUUCGUGUCACCUGGGCUGGACGGUAAGUCAGGCCACAGAACAUGAGGAUUUAGGGUGCACACGAGGUCGGACAACUUACCGUGUCUCGAGCGAGCAGACCCACCCACUUGUUCAUGGGACCGGAUACCUGCCACUUCACUCUAUCGCCCAUCCUCGCGCCUCUCAGUCCGGCGCACCGAUCCUCCCGCGUUUCACCUGCGACUGCUCGACCCAACUCCUCUUGUCCAGACUCGGGCGGAAGUUAAUUUCCCACCUGAUGCAGAUACGCAGCUCGCUUGUCUGCGCAGGCGUGCAUCCCGUGAGGUGAUCGUCCACGGCCCUGCGCCUCAAGACCAUGGUCUGACCUCCCGCAUGACCUAUAAGUACACGACGCGUAUGUCUCCCUGGAGCUCGGAUCAUCUCAUUGCAACAUCCCCACCUCUACUCUACAUCCUUUUAGCCCUUCUCGCUUCCAAACAAUAUGCUGAAUGCGUUCAAGAUCAAGGCCUUCGACCUCGAGCCCAUCUACGCCGAGUGGAAGGACGCCCCUCGGUUCGUCGGAAACCCGAAGAAGGACCUCCCCGUCGACGACUGGCUCGCGCAAAUCAAGUCUGGAUGCAUCGAACGCAAGGUUCCACGCGAGUACUGGCAUAAGGUCGCGCAACACUACAUGGCGGACAAGGCCAAGGCGCGCUUCGACGAGCUGAAGGCUGUCAUGAAGAACAUGCACGGCGGCAAGUACCGCUGGACGUGGAAGAACUUCAAGAUCGCGAUGCGCAAUAUGGGCUGGGACGUCGAUUCGCAGAAGACCGAGGCGAUCGAGGUUCAGAGCAAGCCUUCGGGACUCUGGUGGAUCGUCGGCAGGAGGAACAACGAGACAAAGGAGAAGGAAGUUGCACCUGUGGAGUCACUUCCUCCUCGGCCACCGCCGAAGACCCAGCGGUCGUUCGAUUUUGGCUCGACGAUGAAGAACCUCCCUCCCAUGCCGAUGCCUCGACGAUCAGCGACGAUGAGCUCUAUAAGCUCCGUCGACAGCGUCUCGUCUGCGUCCUCGUCUUCCGUGACGUCAAACAUCAGCUCGUUCUUUUCCUCCGCGAGGAAUACCCCCGUGUCGACGCCAGAAUCGUCCGCUGUUGCCUCUCCUGCUGGAACUCCCGGCGGUACCGUGACGACUGUCUCCCAAGUCCCGACGUGGCUCGUCAAUGCCUGCCAGUCCCUCGAGUACCUCACGAAUGAGCACCCGAAGGUCAUGACUGCCCUCUCUGCCGUCCUCAUCACCGUCGGCUCCCUCCCUGCUCUUCCCGCUAUCUCUGCUGGCGCCGGUGGCGCCUUUCUCGCCAGCAGUACCGCCCACGCUCUUGGCUCCCUUGCGGUCGGCCUCGGCACAAUCUUACAGUCGCAGACUGAGGGAAAGCUCCAGGUCCAACAGGGAGGCGAAGCGCAGAAGUCCCAGUCAUGAUGUCGUGUCGUACAACGGGCACCUGGUAAUACAUAAUAUUAGUUUCCUCCGACGUGAAGAGUCGUAGAGCGACUUUAGUGAUAGCACAGUGUACGAUAAUACACGUUACGACAUAGGGACAUCAUUCACUUGUACAACAGUCAU